UGUGAUGUGUUCGGGUGGGCGUGGCUUCAUGGUGUGUUCAGGGUGGGCGUGGCCUCAUGCUGUGGUGUGUUCAGGGUGGGCGUGGCCUCAUGGUGUGAUGUGUUCAGGGUGGGCGUGGCUUCAUGGUGUGAUGUGUUCAGGGUGGGCGUGGCCUCAUGCUGUGUUCAGGGUGGGCGUGGCCUCAUGCUGUGAUGUGUUCAGGGUGGGCGUGGCCGUGUGCAGACACCUGAGGCUGCUGGUGCCGGUGCUGUUGGGUUACCUGGAGGUCGGGGAUCCGCCGGAGGAGUCGGUUCGGCUGAAGAUGCUGGAGGUUCUGCAGUCAACCAUCAGGUUGGCGUGGCCACGGAUGGCGAGCCGCGCCGAUGCGCUGCUGCGCUCUUUGCUCCGGCUGCUGGUCGACGUCUCUGCAGACCCGGGACUCAGCGACUCGGUCCGGCUGCAGCUGAUGGAGGGAAGCUCCGCCUCCCUGCGCCUGUUGGACGCCGCUACGCAGCGACGCGUUCAGCGGCUCCUCCUGCAGGUCGACAGCCGCCACUGCAGCCCUCAGGUUCUCUGUUGCCUGGCAACCGUGACAGCAGAGCGAGAGCACACCUGAAGCACCUGGAGGCGGAGCUUUAAGAGACCGAGCAGCACAAACACCUGAACCGAGCCGGAGCCGAGUCCGAAGGUCGGCCCACCAGAACCGGAACAAAACGGAAGGCUGGGGACUCGCUUCCUGCUGGGUCACUUCCUGCUGGGUUUUCAGAGUAAAACCCUGAAGGUCAGAUCAGUCCUGGGGAGGCAGAAGGACCCAAACAGGCCCAGAGGAUCAGCUGCACAAAUCGAAUGUUUUUUGGUUUCACGCAAUAAAGUUUUUCUGUAGAUCUUC